CUUGAGAAAAAGACAGUAGACAAAUGUCGUUUACACGUAGUUUUCUCUGCUUCUUCUGUUAUAGCUAUUUCAGUGAAUAUUUUGUCAUAGGCUCACACGUUUCUCUUUUAUCACAGCAUCAGGUCACACGACAUGCAAGAGCACGACAGGAACUCUUCCAAACCGGAAGCGUAUGUAAAGGCUUCGUCGGAUAUAAGCGAUGGAAAGAAAACAUCUGGUUUUCGGUUAUUUCUGGUACGAACCCUCUGUCUCUACAUGGCUUACAUCUGUCUGGGAUUGCAUAUCGGAGAGGGCGGAAGUACAUUCCUCGACCUCCUUCUGAUCGUGAGGACGGACGUGGAGAAGGGAUCCAUCCUUUACACGGCCUCCUCCGUGGGGUACGCCUGUGGGGCCCUGCUGGCCGGGGUCCUGUACGACCUCUUAAAUUGGGACGGUCUCCUCUUCCUGGCUCUGUUCUUCAUGGGGGGCUUUAAUUCGGCAAUGGCAUGGUGCCCAACGCUAUGGCUUAUGUCUGUUGUGAGUGGACUUAGGGGCGCCACGUUUGGUUCCCUUGACACAGGCGGUAAUACUGUCUGCGUUGGAAUGUGGAAAGAUGAAGGGAGCCCUUAUUUACAAGCUCUACACCUGUCGUUUUCUGUCGGAGGAGUUAUCGCCCCUUUCAUUGUGGCACCUUUUUUGGCACCGAAAAGCAAUGACACCUCACAAAAUGCUUCUCUUAGUAGUGAGGAACGUACCAUACUCAAAAGCAACUGGUCAUCAAUCCCUUAUUACAACUUAACUGAGGCUGCGACUCUUCCAGUAACUAGAGUUGAAUACGCCUAUCUCAUCAUUGGAGGCUUGUCGGUUCUCACUUCCUUUCUGUUCUUAGUACUAUUUUUCCGGAAGUGCAGUUGCAAGAGAAACAUCGACGCAGAAAAUGGAAGAGGCAGACAACACCAAAGAUACAAAACAGAAAUCGUCAAGGCUUUCAUCGAAGGGUACUUAAUGACGUUUGGUGAAUACUUGGACUGGAGCAAAACUGAAGGGGCUCGAAUCACAUCUGUGUUUUGGGGAACAUUUGCCGCAGGUCGAGUUUUGGGAGUUUUUAUCUCAAAAGUGUUAACCCCUUGGAAGAUGUUGCUGUGCGACCUUGUGCUUGUGAACGCCGUAUUUGCCCCAUUGUGGUUCGUCUCCAAAGAGCAUGACGUCAUCGUCUGGAUAUGCAUCCCUCUUUCAGGCGUGUUCAUGGCGACGAUUUCCCACGGCAUCAGCUGGACGGACCAAAGGAUCAUGAAAGUGACAGGAAAGGUUGCGUCUGUGUUUAUCCUGUCGUCCACCGUCGGCGGGAUUUUCAACCCCAUGCUGUUAGGUUACCUAUUUAAAGAGGUUAGUCCUAUGUGGUUUGUCUAUCUCCUGACGAUAGAGGGCGCUCUGUGCGGCAUCGUCUUCGUGGUGGUCACAGCGAUUUUAGAAGUGACAUCCAGAAAGUCAUUGGAUCUUCAGACAUCUCCAGAUAGCAUUCAAUGAGAUGGGAAACAUUGAUAAACAAUUAGAAGGUUAGAUUUCCAUGAAAAUAAGAUCCCCAAGAGUUUUAAAUUUUUUUAUGAAUGAUGAUGAUAGAUUGCACGCUGGAAAUCAUUGUCGUACCACGAUUUUAGAACUGACAUCAAGGGCAUCAGUUGAUCCAGACAAUAUCCAUUGAAAGUGGAAACAUUUAAUGACAAUUAAGUCUUACGAGUAUUUCUCAUGAGCUCUCUAAGAGCGAUAUGCUUUUGUUUUACCAGUGAUGAUCAUAGAUUGUCAAUUUGUUUUUUUAUUACAAUGAUGAUGACAAAGGGUGCUCUGUGCGGCAUCGCCAUUUUAUGUGGUCACUACCAUUUUAGAACUGCCAUCAAGGAAGUCCAUUUGUCUCCAGACACCUCCAGAUAACAUUCAAUUAAACAAUUGUAGAGACAGGAAACAUUUCACGGUUGGUGUGUAAUGAAGGUUAUAUUUCUAGAAAACAAGCUUUAAUUUUUUUCUACCAGUGGUGAUGAUAGAUAGAAUCUUUAUCGCCUUCUUGGCACAAAGAUUCAGAACUAACAUCAAGGACGUCAAUUAAUCUUCAGAAAUCUCCAGACAAUAUUCAUAGAGAGAUCGGAGCAUUUGAUCACAUGAAGUUAUCAUGAGUUGAGAUUGUAGAAUUUUACAAUUACUCUAUAAUGUGUCAUGAAAAUACGAUGAGAGUUCUGUUUUGUGUGUGUGUGUGGAAUGUACUUCAUGGACGAACAGCUAAAGGUGAGUCAUCCACAACCACAAACUCAGCUUCAUGUGGCACAAGUGCUCUCAAGAAGAGUGCAUGGUUUGGUAGUGUUGAUGUCUGUAUGGGAGGAGAAUGCCGAUCAGUUCUCGAUUCAUACUCAUUACAGAGCGUACGACGCUCUGUACGUUCGCUUUACAUUACACUCUCCACUAGCAACUUUUGUACAAAGUCUUGAACAACGCCAAGGUCACUGAGGUCACGGUGAUGAGGCAGGAAGUUAUGUCAGAAAACAAAAGCAAUUUGUCUAAACCUUCGUUUCCAUUUACGCUUGAUAGGCAUUCAUUCUCUCUAAAGUGGGCACAACAUCAUUCUAACUGACGUCUGGAACAAUUUUAUUUGUGAAUGCUAAUUAUAGCUGGACGCGAUGUCAAGCUUCUUCAAUGGUGGCAAUGAUGUAUAGCGAGCGAUUAAUGAAAAAGCACACGCGCUAUAAUGAUUGUGUUCUGGAUCCCCAUGGUGGGCACACGGAUA